UUGGGAGUGAGCAGCUGAAGAGUUCAGUGUGAGAGUUGGCCGUCUGACAACAAGUUGUUUUUCACAGCACUGAGGAGAGGCUUUUAAAUCACCUUUGUGUAUCUCAGUGACAAAGUAAUGACUGCCACAGCCAGACUUAUAUCAUUUAAGUGAACACUGCUCGUCCGUUGCAGUGUUUUGAAUCCCGGGAAGCGUCGUGAGUAAUUAGUUGAUUUGCAUCACCCGGUGCUCCCGGUUAAACCAAGCCACAGGUCGCCAGGUGGACGGCGACGAAGGCUUUCAGCGUUUAACUCUCCUGUUACCCGUCUUAACUUCACUUUCCAACAUGUACAGCAUGAUGGAACACGAGCUGAAGCCCACCGGCCAGCCGCCUUCUCACCAGACCUCUCAGGGCAUGUCCCCGGUCACCGGCAACAUGACUGGGGGCAUGGGCAUCAAUGGCAACUCUCACCCGGGCUCCAAAACUGCGUGUCCCCCCGGAGUCGACCCCAUGGAUAAAGUGAAGCGGCCCAUGAACGCCUUCAUGGUCUGGUCCAGAGGACAGAGGCGCAAAAUGGCCCAAGAAAACCCCAAAAUGCACAACUCCGAGAUCAGCAAGCGGCUGGGGGCCGAGUGGAAGCUGCUGACGGACGCCGAGAAGCGGCCUUUCAUCGACGAGGCCAAGCGGCUCCGGGCCGUCCACAUGAAGGAUUACCCCGACUACAAGUACAAGCCACGCCGCAAGACGAAGCCCCUUCUGAAGAAGGACACGCAGGUGGGCAAGUACCCGCUGUCAGCAGGGAACCUGUUGGUGGCGGCGCAAGGCCAAGGUGGCAGUCCCAGGAUGGACAGCUACGGCUGGGGCCCCACUGGGGGGUACGCCGGCAUGCAGGGCGAGGCUCUCGGCUACACCCAGCAGCUGCACCGGUACGACCUGUCCGCCCUGCAGUACCCACCUGCGAUGACGGCUGCACAGUCCUACAUGAACGGAGCCAACUCUUACAGCCCCAUGUCCUACGGCAGCAGUCCCCAGCAGCCCAGUCCCGUCAUGUCCAUGGUGAAGGCAGAACAGGUGUCCCACUCUCCUCCGACCGGGGUGCCCAACCACCACCGGGGCCCUCUGCAGGGGGACCUCAGGGACAUGAUCAGCAUGUACAUCCCCGGGCCGGGGGGGGACGGCAGUGACCCCACUGGAGCACAGAGGGGCUACACCAGCGUCCAGCAGCACUACCUCUCCGGAACCGUCCCACUGACACACAUCUAGGACUGGAAGAGGGGAGUCAAGGGGGGAGCUGGGAUGGGGCGGGGGGGAGACUGAGUGGGAGGACCUGGAAAGCUCAAGAUGCACAGCUGGCGGGACAGGAGAUGGAGUCGGGUGUGGAAGACAAAGAGACGCGGUGUGAAGGGAAACUUUCUCCCUGCAUCGGUAGUCUAUCAGAUCCAGAUGUGCCUGCAGUUACAGACGUGAAGUGACGACUACGUUUUUAUUAAUUGAAAAGCUGUUUUUCUACCUCUGUGGUGCCCCACCAGUAAAGAUAAACCCCACCACCACACGUACAGAGCCCCCCCUGCCCACCACCCUCCAGCAGAAGGACUGCAGUGAAGACAGGGGCCACGUCUGUUUACUGUGUACAUACUUCUGCCUUUUUCUGUCUUUUUAUAUUUUUAGAACUUCUCCAUAAUAAGUCAAAAGACUCCAUUUAACCCCUCCCUAAACACUGGCACUCAUGACCUCCGAUCUCAGGGCCUGUCGGCGGGUUCAGUCUUCCACUGUUGGACCACGGAGCCGCAGCACGGAGACAAACGUCACGGCAACACAAUCUCUCAACUGGUGACAGACCAAUCACCUGAGCUGAAGUGCCCGUUGAGGCUUUAUUUGUUGUGUUGUGAGCGGGGGUCGGUGGGGAAGUAAAUGCACAACUGAAAGCUGUUUUUGAAAUGAACACUCUUUGCCCUGGCUUUGGUUUAGUACUCUUGCUUUUUUUCUGUAUUUUUGUAACUGAUGAAAUGUUGUGGGAUGCCUGGGAAAACACCUGUUGGACAAUCAGCACUGCAUCCACAGGAACCAGAACGGCUUCUGAUCUGCGGUCUCUUCACAACGCAGAGCCAGGCUGCUUCUCAGCCUACAUUUCAGAUCACUGGUUUCCACUGGGGAGAGGGGUGAUGCUGUUUCUGCUGCCUGUACGACCUUUAUUUGCUAUAAUUUAGUUUUAGAUUUGAUCUUUUGAUGUAAGUGUUCAGAUGCGUUGUUUUGGCGCUCGCUCUGUUUUCAUUGUCACUUUGCUCUAGGCAAGAGUUUUAUUGUUUUUAGGCUUUUCAGUAAGUGGAUGAAAUGUAAUAUGAAAUGCUACAUUUCAGUUGUUUUGUUCCCAAUAGCAGAUUACGACAGGUCUUCCACAAAGUGACCUGGAUUGACAAAAGGCCUUUAGGCACCUUUUUCCACCUGUCAAUUUGUUUGUUUAACUACCAGUAAAGAGAAUGUAUCAAAGCAGGAUUCAGAUCUCCAGCAAAUCUGUUCUAAACUUUUCCAGAUAACUUUACCUGUGUUAUUCUAUCAUUCUUUAAAAUAAGUGCUUUUAAUCCUGGUUCUUUGAAUCCGACUGCUGUUGUUGUCUAGCCUGCUGUCUGGUUACUAGUGCUGCUAUGGACCUAAAGGGAACUUUAUAUUCAACUUCAAACACUGUGAAUAUUGAAUGUGGUAGAUUAUUCCAACAGUUAACUUUGAAGCAUUCCAUUACUAACUCAACAUGCACUGGAAACAGAUGCCUUACUUAUUUUUGAAAAAGGGAGAGCAAUUCUAUUAAAGUAAUGCGUGAAUGUUUACAUUGUUACCCAAGUGUUUAACUUUUAUACUGACUUGUAUCUCUAUUUUUAGAUUGAAUUCUCUUGUAUGUAAAUGCUGCCAUAUACUAGAGUUACUGUAUGUAGCAUUCAUGUAAAUAAUGUAUACAUUUUUAGGCUCUUAUACUAAGAGUCUUGAUUCUUUUUUUUGAUUAAAAAAAUCUUUGUUAUGGCAUUCAUGACAAUAUUAAUAAAAAGUACAAAUCCUUUUUCAUCAA